AUGCCCAUCCAUCCAGACGAUUGAGACCCCAAGAAGAUCGAGGAGAGUAAGACUAAGAUGCCCAUCCAUCCAGACGAUUGAGACCCCAAGAAGAUCGAGGAGAGUAAGACUAAGCCCCCCAUCAGUCCAGACGAGUGAGAGCACCAGCAGGGCCAAGACAGAGAGAAUCUAUCAGGGAUAGUCAACCUCAACUACUACGAACCCGAGAAGCCCGAACUACCCUUCUACAGGGUCACAGCCAACCCUAAGCUAGCCGAGCUAAAGUCCUUCCACAUCUUACUCCACAAGAUCCUCAAAAAGAUAGAGCAGUACGCUAAGAAGAUCCACCGGAUAGAAGUCAAGGCAGUCUACACCAAGAAGGUCACACCAGCAGAGCCAAAGGACAAAGUGUACUACCGAACCGUUGUAGUACACACCAAAGACAAGAUCGACGAGAUGCUCAAGAGCCCCGAAGCACUAGAGCCACUGCUCUUCCUAACACUCACCAAGUCCGACGACCAAGCCAACAUAUAUGAUACGAAGGCCAAGACUACCGGACCCACCAUGGUGCUAGGAAACCUCUUGUUCGAGAUCAAGUACCCCACCGAGCUAUCCCGCACCAUACAAAAGGAUAUCGAGUCCAACUUCAAGGACGCCAAGGUCAACACCUCAAACUGAGACUCCACCGACCUCUUCAUGGACAAGUAUGAGGAAGACUACAGGAAGGUCCAGGAAGACUAUGACAAGUACAUCAAGGACCACCCAAAAGCUAAAAGCUAG